AUGGCGGACUCCACAACAUCAACGUUGCUCGCGGUGUUCCUUUACUCAGCUUUUGCUGUUGGUCAGCAAGCUGCGACGCCAUAUGUUGAAAAGUAUUUUGAUCAGAUAAUUGAUCACUUCAAUUUUGGCACGUAUGGAUCUCAAACAUAUAAACAACGUUAUCUUAUCCAAGAUAAAUGGUGGGAUGGCAAAGGCCCCAUUUUCUUCUACACUGGCAAUGAAGGGGACAUAACCAGCUUCUGGGAAAACACUGGAUUAAUGUUUGAUCUGGCCCCAGAGUUCAGUGCCCUUGUUCUGUUUGCAGAACACAGGUAUUAUGGGAAAUCCCUGCCAUUUGGGAGUCAGAGUUUUGACCUGGACAAAAUCGGAUUGUUGACGAUUGAGCAGGCAUUGGCGGACUAUGCGAUCUUAUUGACCCAUAUAAAGCAGGAACUGAACGCUACAUACAGUCCAGUCAUUGCAUUCGGUGGAAGCUAUGGGGGUAUGCUUAGUGCCUGGAUGCGAUUCAAGUACCCUAAUCUGAUCACAGGAAGUUUGGCUGGCAGUGCCCCAAUCUACCUCCUCACACCUGAUAUCGACAGGCGCUUCUUCUAUCAAGAUGUUACCAAGGAUUUUCAAAUGGCUGACCAGAUGUGUGAACCCAAAGUCAGACAGGCAUUUACAGAGUUGAACAACCUCGCAGCACAAGGCCCAUCAGGUCUGGCUGAAAUAUCUACCAGAUUCAAUCUGUGUAGCAAACUGACAAAUUCCAAGGAGUACAAACACUUCCUGGGCUGGAUACGAAACGCCUUCGGGACACUAGCCAUGGUGGAUUACCCAUAUCCUUCGUCAUUCCUGGCGCCUAUACCUGCGAAUCCCGUCAAGGUGGCAUGUGGACAUAUUGUUCAGUCUGCAGAUGUCCUGUCAGGAUUGGCGUUAGCAUCAGGUGUUUUGUACAAUGGAACCACAGGGCAGUUAAAGUGUUUUGACAUUAAGGCAGAGUUUGUGGAUUGUGCAGAUCCCAGUGGGUGUGGCACGGGGCCUAAUGGUAUGGCAUGGGAUUAUCAGGCUUGCACAGAGAUAUCCCUGCCUGCAGGUAGUGACAAUGUAACAGACAUGUUCCCAGUCCUACCCUUCACCCCUGAAAUGCGGGAACAGUAUUGUCUUAAGACAUGGAAUGUUACCCCACGGGCAGACUGGGGCAAUAUUCAGUACUGGGGGAGGGACAUCAAAUCUGCUUCAAACAUCUUGUUUUCAAAUGGGAACCUGGACCCAUGGCAUCGAGGUGGGGUUCUGAAGUCGCUGUCUGACACUCUGUUAGCUGUGCCAGUAGAAGGAGGGGCACAUCAUCUAGACCUCAGGGGAAGCAACCCACUUGAUCCUCCAGGUGUUAUCAAAGCAAGAGAAGUUGAGAAAUUCCACAUAAGCCUAUGGGUGAAUGGAGCAUAGCCCCAGCAUUGAUGCUUCUUUCUGGUGUACCCAUAUAUUUCACCAUAUCUCAAUGAAAACAAAAAGUGUACAUAUACCUGUAUAUAUUUGAAAGAAGUAGGAAGCAUUCCCCCAAGUUUUACAUCUUUGUUACUUGUAUUCCAACUGUACUGUUGAAAUUGUUCUCUCUUCAGGGGUAGUGUAUAUGUAUAUGAUAUAGAGCAGAGCAAAAGGGCCAUUAUACAGUCUCUGUUUUUUUUUAACAUGAUAGAUGCUUGAAAAUGUCGACUAUGCCAUCAGAAGUAACAGUGGUUGAGAUAGAACAACAUAUGGCAGCAUAAAGCAAUAUUAAGUACAGGGUAGUGUAAACAACAUAUGAAAGACAUGAAUACAGCAUAGAGAGUAAAAACCAGAACAGUGAUGACAGCGUGAUAGCAUAGAGAGUGAAAACCAGAGCAGUGAUUAGAGUG